AUGAGAAUGAAAUUUGUGGCAGAAAAGUCGACGAGUCUUCAUGAUACAGAGGAUGAGAAGCAGGCCAAUGUCAUCACCAUAAAGGAGAGAGAAAAGAUUUUGAUCCUGUCCACGGAGGAGGAGAUUGCUUUGAACAAGCAGGAUAUUGGGAAUGAUGUAUACUACGAUGCAAAGGAGGCGUUUUUGCUGGGAGGCAAGGCGAGGCUAGACGAGAAGCUUAUGUCUCUCGACUUGGACGACGAGCAACGGCUGGUUCUGUCUGGUCUGAUAGCAAGUAAAGAAGUAAAAGAGUGA